CCAAGUUCAACACGGAUGCUCGUAUAUAAAACAAAUGAAAUGAGCAAGCUAGCUAGCUGCAGAAACUGAACCACAUGACCAUGAAGUUGUAGCAGUGGCGGUAGUCGUGAUGAGUUAAAACAAUAUUAUCAGCGAUACCCAACCUUUGUCUGUAUACUGAAUCAAUGGCGGAUGGAUGCUCCUGGGGAAAUGGCGCCAUUGCAUGAGAUGAGAAUCUGCCCACCUCAACUGGCGCUGCUCGUUGUUAAUUAAUUAGCGACUCUCCGAGUUUAAUUAAUUCAGGAAACAAAGUAUACUAUUAUCAAUUCUAAUUAAAUGACUAGUUAAAUCCGAGCACGAGAGGAACCCAGCUGGAAUCAGGAGACUUCCCCUCUCCUCCCUUCCCUUUUUCCAUGGCCCUCUAUAUAAAGGCCGCGAAACCAAGAGGCUUUCACCACACAACCAAAUCAAUUUAGAGAAAGAGAGACUAGAUCUCGCCGGAGGCCAAGUCGAGAGAAAGAGAGAGGGCAAGAGAAAAAGAGAGGAAAGGCAAAUUUUGUUGUUUGUUUUUUUUUCGGGGUGGUUCAUUGAUACUCGAAAAAACAGAACAAUGGGAGGUUGGGCUAUUGCAGUGCACGGUGGCGCUGGGGUGGACCCAAAUCUCCCUCUUCAGCGACAGGAAGAGGCCAAACGCCUCCUCACUCGCUGCCUCAAUCUCGGCAUCUCUGCUCUCCGCUCUAAUCUCCCCGCCAUUGACGUUGUCGAACUCGUUGUUCGGGAGUUGGAAAGCGAUCCCCUGUUCAAUUCCGGGCGUGGGUCUGCUCUCACAGAGAAAGGCACGGUGGAGAUGGAAGCCAGCAUCAUGGACGGCACCAAGCGGAGAUGCGGCGCCGUUUCCGGCGUUACCACCGUGAAGAACCCAGUCUCACUAGCCCGCCUGGUCAUGGAAAAAUCCCCUCAUUCUUACCUCGCCUUCUCCGGCGCCGAGGACUUCGCCAGGCAACAGGGAGUCGAAAUGGUGGAGAAUGACUACUUCAUCACGGAGGAAAACGUCGGAAUGUUGAAACUGGCCAAGGAAGCCAACUCCAUCUUGUUCGACUACAGGAUCCCGCUGCCAGGGACCUGCGCUGCAGGGGCAGCAGCCACCAACACCCCAAUCCGCAUGAACGGCCUGCCGAUCAGCGUCUACGCCCCGGAGACUGUGGGCUGCACGGUGGUGGACAGCCAGGGUCGAUGCGCCGCCGCCACGUCGACGGGCGGGCUGAUGAACAAGAAGAUCGGCCGGAUCGGAGACUCGCCGCUGAUCGGCUCGGGCACCUACGCGGGUAAGCUCUGCGGCGUGUCGUGCACAGGGGAAGGCGAGGCCAUCAUCCGCGCCACCCUCGCGCGCGACGUGGCGGCGGUGAUGGAGUACAAAGGGCUCGGCCUUCAAGCCGCCGUCGACUUCGUGAUCAAGGAGCGGCUCGACGACGGGAAAGCCGGGCUGAUCGCGGUUUCGAGCAAGGGGGAAGUGGCGUGCGGGUUCAACGCGAACGGGAUGUUCAGAGGGUGCGCCACUGAAGAUGGGUUCAUGGAAGUUGGGAUCUGGUAAAAUGAAAAAUCAGAACUUUAGAACGAAAAGAUGGAAUCUUUAGGGGGUUUUGAUGUAUGGGUCUCUUUCUAUGUAGUUCUAAAUCAGUUUAGUCUCUCUCUCGGUAUGUGUCGCCUUUGAUGAUCUAAAGCGGGCGCCAUACCUAGCUUGUAUGUGGGGUGGGAGAUCUCUGUCUCUAUUGUGCUUUGGUUGGAUUGUAGUUUUCUUAAUUGGUUUCCCCGAUUAAUGGUGUGUUUCUACCGUAAACAUGAUUAUGUUUACUAAUGUUAAUAUUAAGGUGGCGUUACUGAGAAAGAAGUUUGACUGGGAAAGCACGAGUUCGACUUCGGACCAUGAAAUACCUCCUCCUGGGGAGAUAGCAGACAAAAAAAAUACCUGAAGUAAGAGAGGGCCAGGGAGAGAAGGAGGCCGAGCGCAAUACAAUGAAAGCAGAACCUGUGAAAGAACAGGUCAUAGUUACAAAUGACCCAAUAACACCAAAUAUUGAUGGUCCCCAAUCAGUUCAAAAUCCAGGUUUAGGACGGUUGGGUAUCGGAGGGGCUCUACAACAGUUUGUCAUGGGUUCAGACUCAGUGGUGCAUCACCAGAGAAACAGAAAUAAAGUCUGGCGCAAACAGGAGCAGACUAAGGAACGGGUACACACCCCUACACAAAUAACCCCCCAGAAGAGGAAUGUUCAGAAUACUGGAGAGCAAGGAAACAUCGAAGAGGCAGCUGAACUACAAGCUAAGAAUGCUAAUAAACUGACUUUCAAGCUUCCUGAAGAGAUAGCUCACACAAAAAACUCUGAAAUUGCAAAGGAUGGCGAGGACUCUGCCAAGGAGCGGAGCCGCCCAGCUCAAUGAGUCUUUUGAUCGAGCUACAACUGUCGUGGUAUCGGGAAUACCCCGGCAGUUGAGAAGCUUAAGACAUUAUUACGUCAUACAAAUCACAUGUCGUUUUCCUUAUGGAAACGAAACAAUAUGAGGAAGAAUGGAAAAAGAAAAUUAAAGAGCUUGGUUUUUUUUAUGGAAAAGGCGUGGCAGCAGGUGAGAAUAGAGUGGGGGGACUAUUGAUGAUGUGGAAAGAAGAUAUUGUGGUGGAGGUUAAGGGGAGAGAUCUACACUACAUAGAUGUGCAAAUCAAGCUGCCAAAUUACAGUCAGACCUGGAGGCUGACAGGGAUCUAUGGGUGGCCUGAAACAAGUCAUAAACAACAAACAUGUGAAUUAAUGGAAAGACUGAGCCAACAGGUUCAGUUACCAUGGUUAGUGUUUGGGGAUUUCAACUUAAUCAUAGACUAUCUGGAGAAAAGUGGAAACCGAGAACCUGAUGCAAAGGAAAUGGAAAUGUUCAUGGAAGCAAUUGAGUUUUGCAACCUAGAAGACUGUGGCUAUUACGGUCUAACUUUCACCUGCGAAAAUAACCGGGCUGAUCAAGACUAUACAGAAGAGAGAUUGGACAGAGCUAUGGGAAACAAGGAAUGGAAGGAACUUUAUCCAAACAUGAGAGUCUACCACUUGGAGAGAUGCGGAUCAGACCAUGUACCCAUUCAAGUCAAACUUGAUUUGGAGGAAGAAGAUAUUACUUGGAGAUGGUCUUUUCAUUAUGAACCAUAUUGGAAGAAGCAUGAGGAUUUCAAUAAGAUAAAUGAAGAGGCAUGGAAUCAACAAGAGGGAGUUGGAACUAUGGAGCGUAUAAAACAAUGUGAGGAUAAGCUGGUUACCUAGAGCAAGGAAGCUUUUGGUUCGCUGAACCUGAGAAGGAAGAAGGCAGAAAAAGCUUUACAGGCUCUGGAAAAGAGAAAACGAACCAAGUCAAUGCUACAAUAGAGGAAAGUACUUGAACAAGAACUGAACAACAUCAUCCUCCAAGAAGAAAUAAAGUGGAAACAUAGAU